AUGCGCCCGCUGCAGACUCGCUUUGCCUGGCCUUGGCUGCUGGGCGCGCUCCUUGCCCUGGCCGAAGGAGCGUGGCUUCAGCCCCCGUGCCAAAGGGAUGGGCCGAAGCGGCCGCCCGAGGUCGGGAGCCGGAGCGGCGAGCGCGGGUUCUGGCGCCCGGUGGCUCUUGCCAAGUCUCGGCCGGGGACGCCCGGGCAAGGCGAGGUCUGGACGGUGCCGCGGCUCCCGUUCGGGAGCGUCUCGCAGGCUUCCUUGCAGGCUGGCCAGGUGGGUGGACCCAGGGCCGCAGCGGCAGCGCUGGAGGAGGGGGUUCCGCCGGUGGGUGAUGGCGAUCCCAGCGCCCGGACUGGAGCGCGGCUGGCCGGUCGUGCAUCGCGGGCUCUGAAACCCGCCGACUGGUCUGGUGGCCCUGGGAAAGGACAGGGUGAGAAACAGUUGGGGGGAGACCCCUUUGUGGCUUUGGGGACUGGUCUCCCUAAGAACGAAGUGCAGGGCGAGGAAAGCAGAAGAGAUGCCGCAAGGAUUAGCCUCAAGAGCUAUACUAGAAGUACGCGGGGAGCUGGUGAUCCCCUGGACAGAGGGCGAGCGGGAAAAGUCAGGGCUUUCAAGAACAGCCACUUUUUAAGAAACGUCAAUAACUCGCGGGACAGAGAGGCAGAGAGGGAUGUCCCCCUGUGGCUACCCUUGAACGGUUCUCACCUGGGAGAGAGGAAUGCUGGUCUGCACAGGAAUGGAACCUUACGGCCAUCUGGCGUCAAGAACCCUUUCUACCCUCUGACAGAGGAGUCCUAUGGUGCCUAUGCAGUCAUGUGCCUGUCGAUAGUGAUCUUUGGCAUCGGGAUAAUGGGUAACAUGGCGGUGAUGUGUAUUGUGUGCCACAACUACUACAUGAGGAGCAUCUCGAACUCACUACUGGCCAAUCUGGCCUUUUGGGAUUUCGUCAUCAUCUUCUUCUGUUUGCCUUUGGUGAUCUUUCAAGAACUCACCAAAAAGUGGCUGCUGGAGGACUUCUCCUGCAAAAUUGUACCAUACAUUGAGGUAGCAUCUCUUGGAGUCACUACCUUUACGUUAUGUGCCCUCUGUAUAGACCGUUUCCGUGCUGCCACUAACGUACAGAUGUAUUAUGAGAUGAUUGAAAACUGUACAUCCACAACUGCCAAACUGGCUGUGAUAUGGGUCGGGGCUCUCCUCUUGGCCCUUCCCGAGGUGGUUCUGCGCCAGUUGACUAAAGAAGAUUCUGAAGUCAGUGGGAGCCCUCCUGUGGAACGGUGCGUGGUGAAGAUCUCUCCUCACUUACCAGACACCAUCUAUGUGUUGGCCCUCACUUACGACAGUGCAAGACUCUGGUGGUACUUUGGCUGUUACUUUUGUUUGCCUACUCUUUUCACGAUUACUUGCUCGUUGGUGACAGCGAGGAAGAUCCGCAAGGUGGAAAAGGCAUGUACAAGAGGCAACAAGCGACAGAUCCAGUUGGAAAGCCAGAUGAACUGCACGGUGGUGGCUUUAACCAUUUUAUAUGGCUUCUGCAUCAUUCCAGAGAACAUCUGCAACAUUGUAACUGCCUACAUGUCCACAGGGGUCUCUCAGCAGACUAUGGACCUCCUUCACCUCAUUAGUCAGUUUCUCUUGUUCUUUAAAUCGUGUGUGACUCCAGUUCUUCUUUUCUGUCUCUGCAAACCAUUCAGUAGGGCCUUUAUGGACUGUUGCUGCUGCUGCUGUGACGAGUGCAUUCAGAAGUCUUCGACAGUUACAAGUGACGAUAAUGACAAUGAAUACACUACAGAGCUCGAGCUCUCCCCUUUCAGUACUAUACGUCGUGAGAUGUCCACAUUUGCUUCCGUUGGGACUCAUUGUUAGUUCACCCUUUGGUCAGAACUUAUGAAGGCAGAUAG